AUGGCUGCCGUUGCCAUGGCACCCAAUCCUGUGCAGACCCUGCAGGAGGAGGCGGUGUGCGCCAUCUGCCUCGAUUACUUCACGGACCCCGUGUCCAUCGGCUGCGGGCACAACUUCUGCCGCGUGUGUGUGACCCAGCUGUGGGGAGGGGAGGAUGAGGAGGACAGGGACGAGUUAGACCGGGAGGAGGUGGAGGAGACUGGAGGAGGGGAGGAGGAAGUGGAGGCUGUGGGGGCCGGUGGGGGCUGGGACACCCCCAUGAGGGAUGAAGACUAUGAGGGCGACUUGGAGGAGGAGGUUGAGGAGGAAGAGGAAGGUGUGUUCUGGACCGGUGGCAUGGGCGGGUCCAACAGGGAUAACAUGGACAACGUGUGGGAGGAGGAGGAGGAGGAGGAGGACCCGGACUACUACUUGGACAUGGAGGAGGAGGACGACCAGGACUACUACUUUGACAUGGAGGAGGAAGACCCGGACUACUACUUGGAGAUGGAGGAGGACGAAGAAGAAGUGCUGGAGGAGGAGGAGGAUGAGGAGCUAGACCCUGUCACAUCACUCCCCCCGCCGCCAGCCCCUCGGAGGUGCUUCACCUGCCCCCAAUGCCGAAAGAGCUUUCCCAGGAGAAGCUUCCGCCCCAACCUGCAGCUGGCCAACAUGGUCCAGGUGAUCCGGCAGAUGCACCCAGCACCUGGUCGGGGGAGCCGUGGGAAUGAGCAGGGCAUUUGUCCCAAACACCAAGAGGCCCUGAAGCUCUUCUGUGAAGUGGACGAAGAGGCCAUCUGUGUGGUGUGCCGAGAAUCCAGGAGCCACAAGCAGCACAGCGUGGUGCCAUUGGAGGAGGUGGUGCAGGAGUACAAGGCCAAACUGCAGGGGCAUGUGGAACCUCUAAGGAAGCACCUGGAGGCUGUGCAGAAGAUGAAAGCCAAGGAGGAGAGGCGGGUGACAGAGCUGAAGAGCCAGAUGAAGUCAGAGCUGGCAGCUGUGGCCUCAGAGUUUGGACGGCUGACAAGGUUUCUGGCUGAAGAGCAGGCAGGGCUGGAGCGGCGCCUUCGAGAGAUGCACGAAGCCCAGCUGGGCCGGGCGGGAGCAGCGGCCAGUCUUCUGGCUGAGCAGGCUGCCCAGCUGAGCCGCCUGCUGAACGAGGCCCAGGAACGGAGCCAGCAGGGGGGCCUGCGGCUGCUCCAGGACAUCAAGGAGACUUUCAAUAGGUGUGAAGAGAUACAGCUGCAGCCCCCCGAGAUCUGGUCCCCUGACCCGUGUCAACCCCAUAGCCAUGACUUCCUGACAGACGCCAUCGUGAGGAAAAUGAGCCGGAUGUUCUGUCAGGCUGCUCGAGUGGACCUGACACUGGACCCCGACACGGCUCACCCGGCCCUGAUGCUGUCUCCUGAUCGCCGGGGGGUCCGCCUGGCAGAACGGCGGCAGAAGGUUGCUGACCAUUCCAAGUGCUUCUCAGCUGACUGCUGCGUACUGGGGGCCCAGGGCUUCCGCUCUGGCCGGCACUACUGGGAGGUAGAGGUGGGUGGACGGCGGGGCUGGGCUGUGGGUGCUGCCCGAGAAUCAACCCAUCAUAAGGAAAAGGUGGGCUCUGGGGGUUCCUCUGUGGGCAUCGGGGAUGCCAGUUCUUCCUCGCGCCAUCACCACCGCCGCCGCCGUCUCCAUCUACCCCAGCAGCCCCUGCUCCAGAGGGAGGUGUGGUGUGUGGGCACCAAUGGCAAACGUUACCAGGCACAGAGCUCAACGGAGCAGACACUGCUGAGCCCAAGCGAGAAACCACGGCGCUUCGGAGUGUACCUGGACUAUGAGGCUGGGCGCCUGGGCUUCUACAACGCAGAGACUCUGGCCCACGUGCACACCUUCUCGGCUGCCUUUCUGGGCGAGCGUGUCUUCCCUUUCUUCCGGGUGUUCUCCAAGGGCACCCGAAUCAAGCUGUGCCCUUGA